GGGAUCCAGCUGUGGUGUGAGCCCGGCUCCUCGCCGCCGCUUUCGCUUGCUCUCUCCGCGUCUCGGCCGGAGGAGGAGGCAGUGGCGCCGGCGACAGCUACGGCAGCAGCAGCCACCGCGGCGGCUGCGGCGGCGGCAUCUCCGCCUCCACCCCCGCCUGGGACGGCCCCUCGUCACCUCCCCGCCCCUCCUGGACCGGGAGCCGGCCGCCGGGAGGAGGAAGGAGCCGCCCCCCACCCCCUCCAAACCCACCCCCAAAGAGAUUCCUCCUCCCCUCCCCCGCCGCCGCUGGCGCGGAGCCGGGACGAUGCUGACCCCUUAGAUCCUGCUCCAGCUGCGCCGCGAGAAGAGGGGGCGCCCCUCCUCGGACCCCCGCCUCCAGCCCUCUUCUCUCUCUCCCUCUUGGGGCCGCUUCGCCGAAGGUAGCGCCGAAUCUGGCGACCGGAGCCUGGGCGCGAAGCGAAGAAGCCAGAACAAAGUGAGGGGAAGCCGGCCGGCUGGCCCGGGGGGCCCUAAAAGCACUGGGGAAGCGGGACUCGCGCCAGGCGGGGCUUCCCUUCGACCCGGCGCCCGGCGGGCAGCAUGCCCCUGCGGGCAGGGGGAUCUGGGCUGAACUGGCCCUCCCGGGGGCUCAGCCUGCGCCCUAGAGCCCCCCAGAUGCGCCCCCGCCGGGGCCCCCCGCUUGCGUGAGGACACCUUUUCUGAGGGGCGCCGCUAGUCCCUCUCAAAACCUCCCGGGGCCCCGGCUGGCCAGAGGAUGGACGAGGAGGAGGAUGGAGCGGGCGCCGAGGAGUCAGGACAGCCCCGGAGCUUCAUGCGGCUCAACGACCUGUCGGGGGCCAGGGACCGGCCGGGGCCGGGGCCAGCGGAGAAGGACCCCGGCAGCGCGGACUCCGAGGCGGAGGGGCUGCCGUACCCUGCACUGGCCCCGGUGGUUUUCUUCUACUUGAGCCAGGACAGCCGCCCGCGGAGCUGGUGUCUCCGCACGGUCUGUAACCCCUGGUUUGAGCGCAUCAGUAUGUUGGUCAUCCUUCUCAACUGUGUGACCCUGGGCAUGUUCCGGCCAUGUGAAGACAUUGCCUGUGACUCCCAGCGCUGCCGGAUUCUGCAGGCCUUUGAUGACUUCAUCUUUGCCUUCUUCGCUGUGGAGAUGGUGGUGAAGAUGGUGGCCUUGGGCAUCUUUGGGAAAAAAUGUUACCUGGGAGACACCUGGAACCGGCUUGACUUUUUCAUCGUCAUUGCAGGGAUGCUGGAGUAUUCACUGGACCUGCAGAACGUCAGCUUCUCAGCUGUCAGGACAGUCCGUGUGCUGCGACCCCUCAGGGCCAUUAACCGGGUGCCCAGCAUGCGCAUCCUCGUCACGCUGCUGCUGGACACGCUGCCCAUGCUGGGCAACGUCCUGCUGCUGUGCUUCUUCGUCUUCUUCAUCUUCGGCAUCGUUGGUGUCCAGCUGUGGGCAGGACUGCUUCGUAACCGAUGCUUCCUGCCUGAGAAUUUCAGCCUGCCCCUGAGCGUGGACUUGGAGCGCUACUACCAGACUGAGAAUGAGGAUGAGAACCCAUUCAUCUGCUCCCAGCCUCGUGAAAACGGCAUGCGCUCCUGCAGGAGCGUGCCCACGCUGCGCGGGGACGGGGGCGGCGGCCCGCCCUGCGGCCUGGACUACGAGGCCUACAACAGCUCCAGCAACACCACCUGCGUGAACUGGAACCAGUACUACACCAACUGCUCCGCGGGGGAGCACAACCCCUUCAAGGGUGCCAUCAACUUCGACAACAUUGGCUAUGCCUGGAUCGCCAUCUUCCAGGUCAUCACGCUGGAGGGCUGGGUCGACAUCAUGUACUUUGUGAUGGAUGCUCACUCCUUCUACAACUUCAUCUACUUCAUUCUUCUCAUCAUUGUGGGCUCUUUCUUCAUGAUCAACCUGUGCCUGGUGGUCAUUGCCACGCAGUUCUCAGAGACCAAACAGCGGGAAAGCCAGCUGAUGCGGGAGCAGCGUGUGAGGUUCCUUUCCAACGCCAGCACCCUGGCCAGCUUCUCCGAGCCCGGCAGCUGCUACGAGGAGCUGCUCAAGUACCUCGUGUAUAUCCUCCGGAAAGCAGCCCGAAGGCUGGCCCAGGUCUCCCGGGCAGCGGGCGUGCGGGUUGGCCUGCUGAGCAGCCCAGCGCCCCGCGGGGGCCAGGAACCCCAGCCCAGCGGCAGCUGCCCUCGCCCCCACCGCCGUCCGUCCGUCCACCACCUGGUGCACCAUCACCACCACCAUCACCACCACUACCACUUGGGCAAUGGGACUCUGCGGGCCCCCCGGCCCAGCCCACAGAUCCAGGACAGAGAUGCCAGUGGGUCCCGCCGGCUCAUGCUGCCACCACCCUCAACACCUGCCCUUUCCAGGGGCCCUCCAGGGGGUGCAGAGGCUGUGCACAGCUUCUACCAUGCUGACUGCCACUUGGAGCCAGUCCGCUGCCAGGCACCCCCUCCCAGGUCGCCAUCGGAGGCAUCGGGCAGGACUGUGGACAGUGGGAAGGUGUACCCCACCGUGCACACCAGCCCUCCCCCUGAGAUGCUCAAAGAGAAGGCACUAAUGGAGGUGGCCCCUGCCUCUGGACCCACCACCCUCACCAGCCUCAACAUCCCACCCAGGCCCUACAGCUCUAUGCACAAGCUGCUGGAGACGCAGAGUGCAGGCACCUGCCAAAGCUCUUGCAAGAUCUCCAGCCCUUGCUUGAGGGCAGCCGGCGGAGCCUGUGGCCCAGACAGCUGUCCCUACUGUGCCCGGACCGGGGCAGGGGAGGUGGGGCUCACUGGCCACGAGAUGCCUGACUCAGACAGUGAGGCGGUUUAUGAGUUCACACAAGAUGCUCAGCAUGGCGACCUCCGGGAUCCCCACAGUCGGCGUCGACGGAGCCUGGGGCUGGAUGUGGAGCCCAACUCUGUGCUGGCCUUCUGGAGGCUGAUCUGUGACACCUUCCGGAAGAUUGUGGACAGCAAGUACUUUGGUCGGGGAAUCAUGAUUGCUAUUCUGGUCAACACACUCAGCAUGGGCAUCGAAUACCACGAGCAGCCCGAGGAGCUCACCAAUGCCCUGGAAAUCAGCAACAUCGUCUUCACCAGCCUCUUUGCCCUGGAGAUGCUGCUGAAGCUGCUAGUGUAUGGUCCCUUUGGCUACAUUAAGAACCCCUACAACAUCUUUGAUGGCGUCAUUGUUGUCAUCAGUGUGUGGGAGAUCGUGGGCCAGCAGGGGGGCGGCCUGUCGGUGCUGCGGACCUUCCGCCUGAUGCGGGUGCUGAAGCUGGUGCGCUUCUUGCCGGCGCUGCAGCGGCAGCUCGUGGUGCUCAUGAAGACCAUGGACAACGUGGCCACCUUCUGCAUGCUGCUCAUGCUCUUCAUCUUCAUCUUCAGCAUCCUGGGUAUGCAUCUCUUCGGCUGCAAAUUUGCAUCUGAGCGGGAUGGGGACACGCUACCGGACCGGAAGAAUUUUGACUCCCUGCUCUGGGCCAUCGUCACUGUCUUUCAGAUCCUGACUCAGGAGGAUUGGAACAAGGUGCUCUACAAUGGAAUGGCCUCCACGUCAUCCUGGGCGGCCCUUUACUUCAUCGCCCUCAUGACCUUUGGCAACUAUGUGCUCUUCAACCUGCUCGUUGCCAUUCUGGUGGAGGGCUUCCAAACGGAGGAAAUCAGCAAACGGGAAGAUGCGAGUGGACAGUUAAGCUGUAUUCAGCUGCCUGUCGACUCCCAGGGGGGAGAUGCCACCAAGUCGGAGUCGGAGCCUGAUUUCUUCUCGCCCAGCCUGGAUGGUGAUGGGGACAGGAAGAAGCGCUUGGCCUUGGUGUCUCUGGGAGAGCACCCGGAGCUGCGGAGGAGCUUGUUACCACCGCUCAUCAUCCACACGGCUGCCACGCCCAUGUCGUUGCCCAAAAGCUCCAGCAGUGGCCUGGCCGAGGUUCUGGGCCCUCCCUCCCGCCGCACCAGCAGCAGUGGGUCGGCUGAGCCAGGGGCACCCCACGAGAUGAAGUCACCGCCAAGCGUCCGCAGUUCCCCACACAGUCCCUGGAGUGCAGCAAGCAGCUGGACGAGCAGGCGCUCCAGCAGGAACAGCCUGGGCCGUGCCCCCAGCCUGAAGCGGAGGAGCCCGAGUGGGGAGCGGAGGUCCUUGUUGUCGGGUGAGGGCCGGGAGAGCCAGGAUGAGGAGGAGAGCUCAGAAGAGGAGCGCACUAGUCCAGCGGGCAGUGACCGCCGCCACAGGGGCUCCCUGGAGAGGGAAGCUAAGAGCUCCUUUGACCUGCCGGACACACUGCAGGUUCCCGGGCUGUACCGCACAGCCAGCGGCCGCGGCUCGGCCUCCGAGCACCAGGACUGCAACGGCAAUUCGGCCCUGGGACGCCUGACUCAGGCUGUGCGGCCCGAUGACCCCCCACUGGACGGAGAUGACGGUGAUGACGAGGGCAACUUGAGCAAAGCAGAACGGAUGAGGGCGUGGGUCCGAACCCGGCUCCCUGCCUGCUGCCUGGAGCGAGACUCUUGGUCUGCCUACAUCUUCCCUCCUCAGUCAAGGUUCCGCCUCCUGUGUCACCGAAUCAUCACCCACAAGAUGUUCGACCAUGUGGUCCUCGUCAUCAUCUUCCUGAACUGCAUCACCAUCGCCAUGGAGCGCCCCAAGAUCGACCCCCACAGCGCUGAACGAAUUUUCCUGACCCUCUCCAAUUACAUCUUCACCGCAGUCUUUCUGGCUGAGAUGACAGUGAAGGUGGUGGCGCUGGGCUGGUGCUUUGGGGAGCAGGCCUACCUGCGUAGCAGCUGGAACGUGCUGGACGGGCUGCUGGUGCUCAUCUCCAUCAUCGACAUCCUGGUGUCCAUGGUCUCCGACAGCGGCACCAAGAUCCUGGGCAUGCUGAGGGUGCUGCGGCUGCUGAGGACCCUGCGCCCACUCAGGGUAAUCAGCCGGGCACAGGGGCUGAAGCUGGUGGUGGAAACGCUGAUGUCCUCGCUGAAGCCCAUUGGCAACAUUGUGGUCAUCUGUUGUGCCUUCUUCAUCAUAUUUGGCAUCCUGGGGGUGCAGCUCUUCAAAGGGAAGUUCUUUGUGUGCCAGGGCGAGGACACCAGGAACAUCACUAACAAGUCUGACUGUGCUGAGGCCAGUUACCGGUGGGUCCGGCAUAAAUACAACUUUGACAACCUCGGCCAGGCCCUAAUGUCCCUGUUCGUGCUGGCCUCUAAGGAUGGCUGGGUGGAUAUCAUGUAUGAUGGGCUGGAUGCUGUCGGUGUGGACCAGCAGCCCAUCAUGAACCACAACCCCUGGAUGCUGCUAUACUUCAUCUCGUUCCUGCUCAUUGUGGCCUUCUUUGUCCUGAACAUGUUCGUUGGUGUGGUGGUGGAGAACUUCCACAAGUGUCGGCAGCACCAGGAGGAAGAGGAGGCCCGGCGGCGAGAGGAGAAGCGUCUACGGAGACUGGAGAAAAAGAGAAGGAGUAAGGAGAAGCAGAUGGCUGAUCUAAUGCUGGACGAUGUAAUUGCUUCCGGCAGCUCAGCCAGCGCUGCGCCAGAAGCCCAGUGCAAACCCUACUACUCAGACUACUCCCGCUUCCGGCUCCUCGUCCACCACCUGUGUACCAGCCACUACCUGGACCUCUUCAUCACGGGUGUCAUUGGGCUGAACGUGGUCACUAUGGCCAUGGAGCACUACCAGCAGCCCCAGAUCCUGGAUGAGGCUCUGAAGAUCUGCAACUAUAUCUUCACUGUCAUCUUUGUCUUGGAGUCAGUUUUCAAACUGGUGGCCUUUGGCUUUCGACGGUUCUUCCAGGACAGGUGGAACCAACUGGACCUGGCCAUUGUGCUGCUGUCUAUCAUGGGCAUCACACUGGAGGAGAUUGAGGUCAAUGCCUCGCUGCCCAUCAACCCCACCAUCAUCCGCAUCAUGAGGGUGCUGCGUAUUGCCCGAGUGCUAAAGCUACUGAAGAUGGCUGUGGGCAUGCGGGCACUGCUGGACACAGUGAUGCAGGCCCUGCCCCAGGUGGGGAACUUGGGACUUCUCUUCAUGUUGUUGUUUUUCAUCUUUGCAGCUCUGGGCGUGGAGCUCUUUGGAGACCUGGAGUGUGAUGAGACACACCCCUGCGAGGGCCUGGGCCGGCAUGCCACCUUUCGGAACUUUGGCAUGGCCUUCUUGACCCUCUUCCGAGUCUCCACAGGAGACAACUGGAAUGGCAUCAUGAAGGACACCCUCCGGGACUGCGACCAGGAGUCCACCUGCUACAACACGGUCAUCUCCCCUAUCUACUUCGUGUCCUUCGUGCUGACAGCCCAGUUUGUGCUGGUCAACGUGGUCAUUGCCGUGCUGAUGAAGCAUCUGGAGGAGAGCAACAAGGAGGCCAAGGAGGAAGCUGAGCUGGAGGCUGAACUGGAGCUAGAGAUGAAGACGCUCAGCCCACAAGCCCCCUCACCACUGGGCAGCCCCUUCCUCUGGCCUGGGGUCAAGGGCCCCGACAGCCCUAGCAGCCCCAAACCUGGGGCCCCACAUGCCACACCCCACACUGGAGCAGCCUCCCACUUCUCCCUGGAGCACCCCAUGGACAGACAGCUGUUUGACACCAUAUCCCUGCUGAUCCAGGGCUCCCUGGAUGGGGAGCUGAAGCUGAUGGACGAGCUGGCAGGCCCAGGGGGCCAGCCCUCUGCCUUCCCUCCUGCCCGCAGCCCAGGCGGCUCCGACCCACAGGUUACUGCGUCCCUGUGCCGUGCCCCUUCCCCUGACUGUGCUGGGCUGUGCCAUGCUGUGCCAUGCUUCUGGGGAGGUGGGGGUGUUUCCUGCCCACUGGGUGUCUGGGGAAAGAACAGCUUUGCCUCAGCUGAACCUUGGGCCUGGCAAGAGGUGGCCAGGGGUUCUUCAGGCUGAGAUCCACCUCUGGAACACAUAGUUGGAAGGUAGUGAUGCUGAGAUAACACUAAUGAGGGAGAAGAUUAGAUGGAGGAGGGGUUUGGAGAGGGCAAUCGUAAGAAAGAACCUGGAAGAAAAGAGGAGCAGAAGACGAGUUGGCAGUGGGUUAGCAGAUGGUUAGAGUGAUGAACGAGAUCCAGGGGAGAGGUGCUGUGGGGGUGAGUGCGGGUGGCCAGGGGACCCACUGAGGGACAUGUCUUAGGCCACAGUCUGCUCCUUCUCUGCAUCCACUGCCCUCCCCACUAGUUCUCUGUUUGGUGGCCUUUUAAACUAUGGAAACCGCUGGGCAUGGUGGAUGCUAUCUGUAGCCAGUGGCUUCUGACCUGGCCCUGAGAGGGGAUGGAAGGCUCCGGCCAGGAGUGGGUUCAAGGACCUUGUUUGAAAUAGGACUUGGCUUCUUCCCUAAGCCCUGCAUCUUCCCACAGCAGUACAUGUUUUUCUCCUCCAAUCCCAUCUCAGUGCGGUCUUCUGCUUCUUGGGGUCCUCUUCCUUCUCCUCUUAGGACCUGUCUCGCCACCUUUGAUCCCCUCCACUUGGAGGUGCACCCCAAAACCCUCCUCCUAAGUCAGGGACUGCAGGAAAGCCCCCGGUAGACCCAGAGUGGAAGCAAGGAGACAGAUUUCAGCUGGAGAUAGAAAGCCUAGUGUUCCAUGGGCCAUGAUGGAUGAUGGGGUGGGCAAGCAGGUUCCCAGUACCUGGGACACCUGUUAGCCUGAUCAAAGAGAUGGACGGUGAUCCUUAAAUAGGAAGGGACCUUGCUCUAGGGUUCCUGACCUCUUGUUGGAUUCAGUCUCAGAUAGACUAUAGGGUCCUGAACCUGGCAAUGACCUAGAAUGAUCCCUGGGAGAUCAAGUCCCUUCCUGAGUCCUCUCAUCCUGAAGGAAGGUCAUGGGGAAAGGUGCUGGGGGAGAAGAUGUUGAGAAGAUGACCACACAGUCACCUCACCUGGGAGGCACGGCCCCACUCUCCCCCAGGGUCCUGCAGGCACUGAAGCCUAGCUGCAGAUCUCAGGUGAGCCAGCCAGAUGGUGUAGUAGCCCAACUGAGUGUGCCCAUUUCAGACCAGCGAGAGGAGAGCCCUCCCAGAACCCAGGCUGGAGAGGGCAGGCGGAGGAGGGCCCAGGAGGGGAGAUGCCAGAAUUUGGGGGCAGGCCAAGUCCUGCCAGGCUUUUGGAUGCAGAGAGAAGAGGCAGAAAGCGGUCGUCAGGCUGGCAGCUUUGUCCCCAGCACCCCCUACGCUGCUCUGUCUUGCUGGGAGCAGAGAGGCGCUUUGCGGGCCUUUCUUCAUUUUUUUUUUUUUCUGGUAUCUUCUUUAUAAGAGUCAGAAGCCUUCCCAGCUCCCUGCUCCCUCCCUGGAUGGUGGUAAUGUGGGAGGGGCUGUCAAGAUUCCUGCAGCAUCUUUAGAACGUGUUUCUGUGUCUCCUCGCUUUGUCAGUGUCUGCUCCAGCUCUGUGGUGCCUGUGCAGCCUCUCUGAUCAGAGCAGGGGUUUGAAGUGGGGGGAGGGGAGGUGCUCUCAGUUUACUUGGGAAAGGGGUGGGAAGAGAAAGGAGGGCCUUUCUCCUUAUGCUCUGUGAACAAUGGGAAUAGAGGGGCUCUGUGUGCGUGUGUGUGCAUGUGUGUGCGUGCACAUGUGAGAGAGCGCACUGUCCUGGUUUCUUAUGCCUGAUCAUCUCUCUCCCUGUCUAGAUCCCUCUAGCUGAGAUGGAGGCUCUGUCUUUGACGUCAGAGAUUGUGUCUGAACUGUCCUGCUCUCUAGCUCUGACGGAUGACUGUUUGCCUGAUGACACUCACACACUCUUACUUAGUGCCCUGGAGAGCAAUGUACAUACACACAGCCCCCCACUGCUCCCCAGUCCCCCAGGGGCGGGCUGGCUGCGGGGGCUCCAGGUCCCUCCCCCCUCACUCUGCUGUCAGCCCUACCCAGAGGCAGCACUUAGCGCCCCAGUCUUUACUAAGGUCCCCCACUGUGGACAAAGAAAUAAGAUUCAACUGGGCCUUGCCCAGAGGGCCCAGGGCAGCAGUUGUGAAAGGGUUAAUCCAGAUACCCAAGAGUGACAGAGCUCAAAACAGAAGUGUCAUCAGGCAGCUGACCAACGUGCCUGUCUGGCCACAGAGUUGGUUUUUGUAUUUGGAGCCCCAUGCAGGCCAGCCCUCCCCCUUCCCUGCACCCCUCCUUCCCACCUCCCCUCUUCCCACCUCCCCUCAACAUGAGCCAUUCACCACCAUGCAGUGGGUGAGAGCCACAUCUCUGCUGCUACCACCAUGCCCUUCUCCACCUGGGGGGGGUGGGCGUUCCUGUCUCCCCUGUCACUGUCCCUGGGUGUCCCCACGUCCUGAGGGGCUUCUUUGUGUUCUGACAGCUUCUCCACUUUUACCCAGCUCUCCCAUCCACAUCUAACAGUGAGCAGCCCCCUCCUCCCUACCUUCCCCUCCUCUUGGAACUUAAGGAGGGACAGGGGCCCAUUUCUCACAGCAGGGCUCUGCUGACCAUAGAUUCAGGGUCCCUGGUGGUCUUGGAGUGGUUGGCAGAAGUGGAGUCUGGGUCUGAGAGAGGAAGCAGAGAUCCAGACUGUUUUCUGACAGUCAUUCUCAGGCCUGCUGGGACUACUUACCUGGCUGAAUCUGCAAGGGGACAGGAAUCUACGGCCUCUCUGAGAACUAAGAAUGGACGUGAGAACUAGGAAUGAGAACUAGAGAUGGAGAAAUCUCUUGGGAACAAAUCUUGUUUCCCUCCAUCUGGGGUCAAAAGCUGAUGACUGCCUUUCUUUGAAAUACGAUUUAAAAAAUCCACUCUCAUCUCUAGUCUGUCCACUAAGAGAGGACCUGAGACCACGGUAUCCAGGCCUUGCUCACCACCCACCACCUGCCAGAGUCAUUGUUUAAUUAAAGAGAGGUGGGGGGUAAACCAGCUGUGACCCAUCCCCUUAGUGAUCAUCCAUCAUUCAGCUCACAUUAACCCAGCCCUUGUCUAGUGCUGGGUGCUGCGGCUGCGUUAAGAACUGGAUGAUGAAACAGCCUCUGUUCUGCAGGGAGUCUCUAGCUGCCUCCUCUUCUACUCAUUGGGAAGGUUCUCCUCCACUCAUCAAUCCCCCCCAGCCCCAGCACAGUAAUUGAGAUAGGGAGUAUGUGCGUGUUAAGUCACUUCAGUCGUGUCCGACUCUUUGUGACCCUAUGGACUGUAGCCUGCCAGGCUCCUCUGUCCACGAGAUUCUCCAGGCAAUCUCCAGGUGGGAUGCUGGGGGCAGGUGGUGCUAUUAGCUUUUAACUCUCCACUGUGCAGCUUCAGAGCCUCUCAGUGAGGCCUUGAGUAUGAGUUCUUGGGCUGCCUGCAGGGCUGGGGGCUGGGGGCUGCUCUCCGUCCUUUGAACACCUCCUCACCUCUCCGUCAUCCCCAGUGGGAAGCUCCAAGAUGUAGUAUGAAUAGUUUUCUGGGGGCAGGGCAUCCUCCUACCCACUUCCUCUCUGUGUUUAGAAGGCUCAUCCAUGUGUCUGGUCCUUCUCCCCAACCACAUUCAUCCCAUCACCACUUUGUCCAGGGAGGGGAUGGGGGCCAGGGUCUGGGUGGGGUGGUGGGCUUCUGAUUCC